UCUUUUCCCAUUAACAUAUAAACCCCUUAACCGCUAAGGCACAAGUCGUCCCUCUGUUUCAUAUUCUCCUCUUCUCUCCUUGCUGGGUUUCGCAUUUCCUAGCAAAAAAAAACACACAUGACUUCACCCGGAAUUUCCGCUAUGGCAUCACCCUGCGGAAGGUUACAGGGCAAAGUGGCAGUCAUAACUGGCGGCGCUAGCGGCAUUGGAGCCAGCGCAGCUCGCCUUUUCCAUGAAAAUGGUGCCAAGGUUGUAAUUGCCGAUAUCCAAGAUAGCCUAGGACAAGCCCUUGCCGACGAGCUUGGUGAAAAUGCUUCCUACAUCCACUGUGACGUUUCAAAUGAGGAUGAUAUUAGCAACCUUGUUGACACCGCCAUCGUCAAACAUGGAAAGCUCGAUAUAAUGUACAACAAUGCAGGCGUUUUGGAUCGUCCGUUCAGCAGCAUCUUGGAGACUACAAAAUCGGACUUGGAUCUCGUUGUUGGUGUAAACUUAGCGGGAGCUCUUCUAGGAGCCAAACAUGCUGCCAGAGUCAUGAUCCCUCAGCGAAAAGGUUGCAUACUUUUCACUGCUAGCGCUACUACAGCAAUUGCAGGGAUGGCAAGCUAUGCUUAUACAGCAUCAAAAUAUGGGAUAGUGGGUCUAGCUAGGAACUUGGCAGCUGAGCUAGGCCAAUACAGUAUAAGGGUAAAUUGUGUGUCGCCUUUUAUUGUUGCGACUCCCAUGUCUGCACCUACCGACGGUGACAUUCCAAAAGUAGAAGCAAUUUCCAGUGCAAUGGGGAAUCUCAAAGGGGAAGUGUUGAAGGCAGAGGGAGUGGCACAAGCUGUGCUUUAUUUGGCUAGCGAUGAUGCAAAUUAUGCGAGCGGGCUCAACGUAGUGCUGGAUGGAGGGUUCAGCAUUGUUAAUCCUACCAUGAUGAAGGCUUUUAAACUUGUUCCAUAAAAUGAAAAAUCUGGAUGUGGAGGGCGCUUUCUUAUCUCUCAUACAGUCAUAAUUUCAGUCCUGUUGGAGAUCCUUGCUGUUCAAACAAUGGGGUGUACCAAUAGGCAAUAGAGAUGUUACUUGGAGGUGUUUCAUUAAUGUUCUUUAUUUACAUGGCACGCCAAAAUUAGAGGGUGCAAAAAUAUUUAAAUUCAAGUA